AUGAGUGCAAAUCCGUUUGAUGGAUACUCAAACGACAAGGAAAAACAAGAUGAGGGCACCUUGAAUAACGAUGAGUCUAUACUAUUAUCUACCAAGGAACUACUUUCAAAGGCUACUCCGUCUCUGGAGUUCUGUAAAGUCUCUGUGGAGGAAACUGUUGAUAGAUUAAACACCAGCAGCAACACAGGUCUUGCAUCUGCUGAAGAAGCAAGUCAUAGAAGAAAAGAAUAUGGCCCAAAUGAAAUUUCAGUAGAAGAUGACGAAUCACUGUGGAAGAAGUUUUUAUCAAAUUUUAUCGAAGAUCGUCUGAUCCUACUUUUGAUUGGAUCUGCCUUAGUUUCGGCAAUCAUGGGUAAUUUAGAUGAUGCAGUUAGUAUCACUUUGGCUAUUAUAAUUGUCGUCUCUGUGGGAUUUGUCCAAGAAUAUAGAUCUGAAAAAUCCCUGGAAGCUCUAAACAAAUUGGUCCCUGCAGAAUGUCAUUUAAUUAGAGGAAGCCAAGAAGCUCAUGUUUUAGCAUCUGUCCUUGUUCCAGGUGAUUUGGUGUGUUUCAGAAUAGGUGAUAGAAUACCUGCAGAUUUGAGAAUAACUGAGGCCUUUGAUUUAUCUAUUGAUGAAAGUAACUUAACUGGUGAGAAUGAACCUGUGCAUAAAGUAACAAGUGCAAUUAAUAAAGAGACCUUUAGUUAUAACACAACUGGAAUCAUUCCGCUAUCAGAUAGAACUAACAUUGCAUACAUGGGUACUUUGGUGAAGGAAGGUCAUGGUAAAGGUAUUGUCGUCGGUACUAGCACUAAUACUUCAUUUGGUGCAGUAUUUGAAAUGAUGAGUAGCAUUGAAAAGCCAAAGACUCCUCUACAACUAGCUAUGGAUAAACUAGGGAAGGAUCUAUCUCUUUUCAGUUUUAUUGUAAUCGGUUUUAUUUGUUUAAUUGGGAUUAUCCAAGGUAGAUCGUGGUUGGAAAUGUUCCAAAUAUCUGUUUCCUUGGCUGUUGCUGCUAUUCCUGAAGGUCUUCCAAUCAUUGUCACUGUGACAUUAGCUUUGGGUGUCUUAAGAAUGGCUAAAAGGAAGGCUAUUGUCAGAAGAUUACCUAGUGUUGAAACUUUGGGUUCCGUUAACGUCAUUUGUUCAGAUAAGACUGGUACUUUGACUUCGAACCAUAUGACUGUAUGCAAAAUCUGGUGUUUAGGUAGUAUGACAAAUAAAUUUAAUGUUCUGGAUUUACAAAAGACAAAAGGUGUUAAUUUCAAGAAUUAUUUAACUGAUGACGUUAGAGCCACUUUGAAUGUUUCGAAUAUUUGUAACAAUGCUUCAUUUUCAGUUGAACAUUCGAAAUACCUCGGGAAUCCUACGGAUGUUGCUCUGUUAGAACAACUUUCCAAAUUUGGACUUGAAGAUAAUAGACCAAAUGUCAAAAAAGUGCACGAGAUUCCAUUUAAUUCCAAAAGAAAAUUCAUGGCUACUGAAGUAUUUGAACAAGAUGGGACUCAUGUACUAUAUGUUAAGGGUGCAUUUGAAAAGAUUCUAUCUUACUCUAACACAUUUUUAAACGAAAAAGGUAAAACUGAGAAAUUAACUGAGGCCCAGAAGGCAAAUAUCACUGAAUGUGCUGACUCAUUAGCUUCUGAAGGUUUACGUACUUUGGCAUUUGCUAAAUUACAAUUGAAAGGUACUGAACCAGUUGCAAAACUUACCGAAGAUAUGGUUACAGAUUUAACGUUUACUGGUUUAAUUGGUAUGAGUGAUCCUCCACGUCCAACCGUGAAACCUGCUAUGGAACAAUUACUACAAGGUGGUGUCCAUAUUAUUAUGAUCACUGGUGAUUCUGAAAGUACAGCUGUAAAUAUCGCUAGACAGAUUGGUAUACCAGUUAUUGAUCCAAAAUUAUCCGUUUUGAAUGGUGAGAAAUUAGAUGAAAUGUCCGAUGAACAGCUGGCUAAUGUGAUUGACCAUGUUUCUGUUUUUGCUCGUGCUACUCCUGAACAUAAAUUGAACAUUGUUAGAGCUCUAAGGCAAAGAGGUGAAGUCGUGGCCAUGACAGGUGAUGGUGUUAAUGACGCACCGGCUUUGAAGCUAGCUGAUAUUGGUGUGUCAAUGGGUAAGAUGGGUACUGAUGUUGCUAAAGAAGCUUCGGAUAUGGUGUUAACUGAUGAUGAUUUCAGUACUAUUUUAACCGCAAUCGAAGAAGGUAAAGGUAUUUUCAACAAUAUUCAGAACUUCUUGACGUUCCAACUUUCUACAUCUAUCGCUGCUCUAUCCCUGGUUGCACUAUCCACGUUAUUUAAGUUACCAAACCCGUUGAAUGCUAUGCAAAUUUUAUGGAUUAAUAUUUUAAUGGAUGGUCCUCCUGCGCAAUCCUUAGGUGUCGAGCCAGUGGACCAUGAAGUUAUGAAAAAACCUCCAAGAAGAAGAACCGAUAAAAUUUUAACUAAACAAGUUCUAAGAAGAUUAUUAGGUACUGCGGCAUGUAUAAUUAUCGGAACAAUUUACGUAUUUGUCAAGGAAAUGGCAGAAGAUGGUAAGGUCACACCUAGAGAUACAACAAUGACAUUUACUUGCUUUGUUUUCUUUGAUAUGUUUAAUGCCUUAGCAUGUAGACAUUCUACAAAGUCUAUUUUUGAAGUAGGGUUUCUAACAAAUAAGAUGUUCAAUGCUGCAGUUGGUUUGUCCCUUCUAGGUCAAAUGUGCGCUAUAUAUAUACCUUUUUUCCAGAGCGUGUUCAAGACUGAAAGAUUAAGUCUGGGAGAUUUACUUUUCCUUUUAGUUAUCAGUAGUAGUGUAUUCAUUAUUGAUGAAUUAAGAAAGUACAGGGAUAAGAAGAACGCACAAAACGACCCUUCUUAUUACUCAAUCGUAUAG